GCUAAGAUACAGAAGCACCAAGCGUUUGAGGCAGAAGUUGCAGCUCAUGCUAAUGCCAUUGAGAUGCUGGAUGAAACUGGCAACCAGAUGAUCAGUGAGGCUCAUUUUGCCUCAGAAAUUAUUCAAGACCGACUGGAUGAACUUCAUCGCCUGUGGGCUUUACUUCUUGCCAGACUGGCUGAGAAGGGCACCAAGCUACAGCAGGCUUUGAGGUUGGUUCAGUUCAUGAGAGAGUGCCGAGAAGUAAUGUUCUGGAUCAACGAUAAGGAGACCUUUGUGACAUCAGAAGACUAUGGAACAGACCUGGAGCAUGUGGAAGUGUUGCAGAAAAAGUUUGAGGAGUUUCAGAAGGAUCUACUGAACCACGAGGACAAGGUGGGUCAGGUGAAUUCUUUGGCAGAGCAGCUGAUUGGAGAUGGGCAUCCAGAAGAGGGAACUAUCAGACAGAAACAGCAGGAGGUGAAUGAGGCGUGGCACCGCCUUCGGCAGCUUGCAUUGAUCAGGCAGGAACGACUGUUUGGUGCUCUUGAGAUACAGAGGUUCAACAGGGAUGCAGAUGAGACCAUAUCAUGGAUCCAGGAAAAAGAUGUAGUCCUGUCAACUGAUGACUAUGGCCGUGAUCUUGCUAGUGUCCAAGCAUUGCAGAGGAAGCAUGAGGGGGUGGAGAGAGACUUGGCUGCCCUGGAAGAAAAGGUGUCAACACUGUUAGCAGAGACAGAUCGACUCCAGCAGUUACACCAAGAUCAGGCAUCCCAGAUUCAGGACAAACAGCAGGAGAUUGGAGAGAACUGGAAAAAACUUAAAGCUAAAGCCAUCGAGCGCAAGACCAGAUUGGAUGAUUCGUAUUAUCUGCACAGGUUCUUGGCUGACUUCCGUGACCUGGUGUCCUGGAUCUCUGAAAUGAAAGCAAUAAUCGCCGCCGAUGAUCUGGCUAAGGAUGUUGCAGGGGCCGAGUCUUUGUUGGACAGGCACAAUGAGCAUAAGGGUGAGAUUGAUGCCAGGGAAGAUAGCUUCCAGUCAACAUCUCAAGCUGGCGACCGACUAGUGCAAUCAAACCAUUUCGCUGCUGAUGAGGUCAAAGAAAAACUGACAAUACUGAGCAAUGAAAAACACAGCCUGUUGGAGCUAUGGGAAGAGAGAAGGGUGUUGUACGAGCAGUGUAUGGACCUGCAGCUGUUCCUUCGUGAUACUGAACAAGCCGACACGUGGAUGACCAAACAGGAGGCCUUUCUGGUGAAUGAUGAUCUUGGGGACUCCCUGGACAGUGUUGAGGCAUUGCUGAAGAAACAUGGGGAUUUUGAAAAGUCUCUGACUGCACAGGAGGAGAAAAUUAAGGCUCUGGAUGAGUUUGCCACCAAACUUAUAGACAGUGAGCAUUAUGCGGCAGCUGAUGUUGCAGCCAAGCGAGACCAACUCUUGCAAAGACACAGUGCCCUGUACAAGAAGUGUGCCAGCAGACGUCACAUGUUGGAGCAGUCUUACCAGUUCCAGAUCUUUGAGAGGGACUGUGAUGAGACCAAAAGUUGGAUCAAUGAGAAGCUGAAAACUGCUUCAGAUGAAAACUACCUGGAUCCAACCAAUCUACAAACAAAGCUGCAGAAACAUCACAACUUUGAGGCUGAAAUUGAUGCCAAUAAAUCUAGAAUAGAGAGCAUUCGUGUUACAGGGCAGCAACUGAUUGACAAGGACCAUUAUGCCAAAGGACCAAUCAAAGAACGAAUAGAUGAGAUUGAAAAACUCUGGUCCACUUUACAGGCUCAGACAGAGAAAAAAGGUAACAAGCUCAAUGAAGCAGCUCGACAGCAGCAGUUCAACCGCAAUGUGGAAGAUGUUGAGUCUUGGUUGGCUGAUGUUGAGAGCACUUUGAUCUCUGAGGAUUAUGGGAGGGACUUAACCAAUGUCCAGAACCUGCAGAAAAGACAUGCCAUUCUUGAAGCAGAUGUUUUGGCUCACCAGGAUCGGCUGGAACAGCUGCAGUCACAGGCUACUAUAUUUCAUAAUGGAGACCAUUUUGACAAGGACACUAUCAAGGUGAAAGAAGUGCAAGUGGUGGACCGCUACCAGAAGUUGACGGGCCCUAUUCAACAACGUAAGCAGAAGUUGAAUGAAGCCCUCACACUCCAGCAGUUUCUCCGAGAUGUUGAAGAUGAGGAAGACUGGAUCCGAGACAAGGAACCAUUUGCUUCUUCAAGCAACAGAGGCCGUGAUUUGAUUGGUGUACAGAACCUGAUGAAGAAACAUCAGGCACUUCUUGCGGAAAUUGCUGGGCAUGAACCUCGCAUCAGCAAUGUGUGCCAGACAGGAAAUGAGAUGAUCAAAGAGGGUCAUUUUGCUGCAGACACAAUUCGUGAAACAACUGCCGAACUGAAGGAGAAAUGGCAAGCUCUUAAGGACAAAGCUUUCCAGCGCAAGCAGGAUCUGGAAGACUCACUUCAAGCACAGCAGUACUUUGCAGAUGCCAAUGAAGCAGAGUCCUGGAUGAGGGAGAAGGAACCAAUAGCUGCCAACACAGAUUAUGGCAGGGAUGAGGAUUCUUCUGAGGCAUUGUUGAAGAAACAUGAAGCUUUCAUGGCUGAUCUAGAGGCCUACCGCAGUGUGAUUGAGGAUCUGAGACGCCAGGCACAGAACUGCAAGCAACAGGAGGCUCCAGUGAUAGAUGAUUUUGGUAUAGAGAAGGUUGUUGCACUGUAUGACUACACAGAGAAAUCACCACGUGAAGUCUCCAUGAAGAAGGGAGAGGUCCUCACUUUGCUCAACUCCGCUAACAAGGACUGGUGGAAGGUGGAGGUCAAUGACCGGCAAGGUUUUGUCCCAGCUGCUUAUGUCAAGAGGCUGGAUCCCAGUCUCUCAGCUUCCCGCAACAACCUCAUGGACGAGUUUACCAUCUCCGCUCGCCAGAAUCAGAUAGAGAAUCAGUAUGCCAAACUGCUAGACUUGGCCAAGCAGAGAUGUGAGAAUGUGCUAGAAUCAUGUCGAGCCUACCAGCUGGUGCGAGAAGCUGCAGAUCUCGCUUCCUGGAUCACUGAGAAGGAAAGCAUGAUCUCGGCAGAAGAUGUGGGAGAUGACCUGGAGCAAGUGGAAGAGCUACAGAAGAAAUUUGAUGAGUUCCAGAAG